CUUUCUGCAUUUUGACUUGAUUUUUAGGAUUGCUUCAAAUUGCACCGUUCCAACGUCUGAUGAGAUUUAUUUCAUGAGGACGACGAUGUCCGCUGCGCUUACUCGAGAAGUACUCAAUCUGAUCCCUCAAAGCGUCGCCGUCUUCGACCGCAUAACCGUCCGGAUUGGCCUAUUGGGAUAUUGUAUCAAUGAUACAUGUACGGAAUACCACCUUGGUUAUCGGCUUCCCGCCUUGUUGAUGGGCGGGCCUGUCGGAUUAGAUUUCCUGAGUAGAGAGACAACAACAGCACUAGUCAUCAAUCCGAUUUUCACCGCAUUCAGUUCAGCUUGUCUUCUCGCCUUCCUGGUCUCGAUUUUCUUGAACAAGCCAGCGAUCGUAUUCAUUCUCCUCAUCCUUAACACCAUCCUCGCGAUGAUCUGUCUGAUAAUCGAUUUCAGUAUCUUCGUCCGCGCUUACUGGCUCGUACGUAACUCUCAAAGCGGUCUGUUCGGCAUGGUCUCGGUCGAAUAUGGGAACGCCCUGUGGCUCAUGCUUGCCGCCGUUAUCUUGACUAUCUUGUCGACACUCUUCUUCGCCUUCACACUUCGGAGAGGCGACGAAUCACGUUCAAAUAAAGGAAGAAAAGCCGGCCGAAACGAUGGUCCAUGAAAAACAAUUCAUUUUCUGUAUAACCCCCCCCCAACAAAAAAAAGGCAUACCGACCUGACAACUCAGCCGGUUUAAAUUAAUUUUCUUCGAGCCAUUUUCCGUUUUUUCUUCUUUUUAUCCUUAUCC